AGAACAUGAGUGAUUCAGGAGGAUGAGAAGAACAUGAGUGAUUCAGGAGCCUGCAGAAUGAAUAAAGAUGAUCCUGAGCAACACACAGAUCUGUUGGAAGUCAUUGAACUGGAGGUUUUACCAAAUCAUUUCAUAACCGGAGAAAAAUCUUCAAGCCGCUCACAGACCGAAAGCCGUUUUCCUCCGAGAACAAGGGUCCAGACGUCUUUCCUCUGCCCUCAGUGUGGGAAGAGUUUCAGGCGUAAAGGAGAUUUCGUGAGACACGAGCGGAUCCACAGCGGAGAGAAGCCCUUCUCGUGUCCUCAGUGUGGGAAGAGCUUCACACUAGCAGACGGACUCAGAAAACACCAGCGCUCUCACUCGGGAGUCCGAGCGUUUCACUGUGAAGAGUGCGGGAAGACAUUCAUCCUGCCCUCGCACCUGAAGAGACACAUGCUGAUCCAUGCGGACUCGAAGCCGCACUCCUGUGCUCUUUGUGGAAAGGCUUUUUCUCAGCUGGACUGUUUGAAAAAGCACCAGAAAACACACAGCGGAGCGAGACCUCACAUGUGCUUCGAGUGCGGGAACGCCUUCCACUCGUCCGACACGUUGAAGAGACACCAGAGGAUUCACACCGGAGAGAAGCCGCACACGUGCUCACACUGCGGGAAGAGCUUCUCUCAGUCAGGACACCUGAAACAACACCUGAGGGUUCACACGGGAGAGAAACCGUACUUCUGCUCGCUCUGCGGGACGAGUUUCAGCACGUCCAGGAAUCUGCCCGCUCAUAUGAAGAAACAUCGUCCAGAUGAGGAUGAAAACUGAUGCAGCGAGAUCUGAACAAAUCCCUCAAGAUCACGCUCUAUGCGUGUGUGUAUUACAGCAUGGAUC